UUUGGAGCCACUGUUUUCCUAGGUCUGGAGUGGUCUGCCGAGUCAAGUACUGCAAUAGCCUUCCUGACAUCCCUUUUGACCCCAAGUUCAUCACCUACCCCUUCGACCAGAACAGGUUUGUCCAGUACAAGGCAACUUCCUUGGAGAAACAGCACAAACAUGACCUCCUGACUGAGCCAGACCUGGGGGUCACCAUCGACCUCAUCAACCCCGACACCUACCGCAUCGACCCCAAUGUGCUCCUGGAUCCAGCAGAUGAGAAGCUUCUGGAGGAAGAGAUCCAGGCUCCUACCAGCUCAAAGAGAUCCCAGCAGCAUGCCAAGGUGGUGCCAUGGAUGCGUAAGACAGAAUACAUCUCCACUGAGUUCAAUCGCUAUGGCAUCUCCAAUGAGAAGCCUGAGGUCAAGAUUGGGGUUUCCGUGAAGCAACAGUUCACAGAGGAAGAAAUAUAUAAAGACAGGGAUAGCCAGAUCACAGCCAUUGAGAAGACUUUUGAGGAUGCCCAGAAAUCGAUCUCCCAGCAUUACAGCAAGCCCCGAGUGACACCAGUGGAGGUCAUGCCUGUCUUCCCCGACUUUAAGAUGUGGAUCAACCCCUGCGCUCAGGUCAUCUUUGAUUCUGAUCCGGCCCCCAAGGACACGAGUGGUGCUGCCGCAUUGGAGAUGAUGUCUCAGGCCAUGAUCAGAGGCAUGAUGGACGAGGAAGGGAACCAGUUUGUGGCCUAUUUUCUGCCUGUGGAAGAGACACUGAAGAAGCGAAAGCGGGACCAGGAGGAGGAGAUGGACUAUGCUCCAGAUGAUGUGUAUGACUACAAGAUAGCACGCGAGUAUAAUUGGAACGUGAAGAACAAGGCCAGCAAGGGCUACGAGGAGAACUACUUCUUCAUCUUCCGGGAAGGCGAUGGGGUAUAUUACAACGAACUGGAGACCAGAGUCCGACUCAGUAAACGCCGCGCCAAGGCUGGUGUCCAGUCGGGUACAAAUGCUCUGCUUGUGGUCAAACACCGGGAUAUGAAUGAGAAGGAAUUAGAAGCCCAG